AUGAAAGGAAAAAUCAUUUUGGAAGAGGCUUUCGCUUUGCCACGGCUGGAGGAGAAGACCAAAUGGUGGGCUGGGAUGUUCAGCACCGACGCAGAGUUGCACACCAAAGAAAUACAGGACUUGACGGAUAUCCGUCUCAAGCACGCCGAGAAGCACGGUGUUGGGUACACCAUUGUCUCUUACACUGCGCCUGGCGUUCAAGAUGUCUGGGAUCCAAAGGAGGCGCAAGCGCUCGCCGUCGAGAUCAAUGACUACGUUGCAGAACAAAUCCGAGGUUAUCCUGAUCGGCUAGGCGCAUUUGCCACGCUCUCUAUGCACAAUCCACAAGAGGCCGCCGAUGAGUUACGCCGAUGCAUCACCAAGUAUGGAUUCAAGGGUGCAUUGGUCAACGACACGCAGCGAGCAGGCUCGGAUGGCGAGGGCAUGAUCUUCUACGAUCAACCGGAGUGGGACGUCUUCUGGAAGACCGUUGUCGAACUGGAGGUUCCAUUCUACCUCCACCCACGCAACCCGACGGGCAUCAUCUUUGAGAAGCUCUGGAAAGAUCGCCAAUGGCUCAUCGGCCCUCCAUUAUCGUUUGCCCAAGGCGUCAGCCUUCACGUUCUCGGUAUGGUGACUAACGGGGUAUUUGAUCGUCACCCAAAGUUGCAGAUCAUCCUCGGUCACCUGGGAGAGCACAUUCCCUUUGACAUGUGGCGUAUCAACCAUUGGUUUGAGGACCGCAAGAAGUUGCUUGGCCUUGAUUGCAAGAAGACCAUUCGGGAGUACUUCAACGAGAACAUCUACAUCACCACGUCUGGGCACUUCUCGACAAACACAUUGAACUUCUGCUUGUCAGAGGUUGGCGUGGAUCGCGUCUUGUUUUCUGUCGACUAUCCUUUCGAGACCUUUGAUGAUGCCUGCGGCUGGUUCGAUAACGCGGAGAUGAAUGAGGCAACCCGGGCAAAGAUUGGCAAGGACAAUGCGAGAAAGCUCUUCAAGCUUACAUAG